AUGCUUUGGUUUUGGGUGGUGUUGUUGAUUCAACUUUCCCUCGAUGUCGCAUUUUGGUUAUCAUGCAAAUGGGUGUGGUCUCUAAGUUUAUAUCUUGACUCUUUUGCUGAUAAUUACUUUGCUGAUCAUAUUACUGUUAUAUAUUGCUUCUCUGUCGCUGUUUCACUUUACGUUUAUCAAUUCAUUAAAGCAGGAUCACUUGAAAAUAUGUUUCGAAUGGAAUUAAACCCAUCGAGAACAGAAGUUGACUACUUUGGAAUCCACUCUACAACUGUCGCUCGUAUCAUGUGGAGCUUUGGAGUGGUUUUAAUGUAUCACUCCUCUUUUGGACUUGCGUUAUGGGGUGGGUAUAUUGGAGUGUCACUUAUCGCAACACUAGUCAUAGAGUUCGAGUUCGUCAUCCCACGGUUUUUCCUAAUGGAGUACUCUCUUGUUUUUGGAAGAGCACGAAUUUUCUCUCACAAAGAGCCUUCAAAAGAGUAUUGA